AUGAAGAUGAGGAGCCUCUCCUCCUUUUACGUCUCUCUGUGGUUGCUGUUCACAGCAGUGAUACUCAAAGCUGUAGAAUCAGCCAAAGGAAAAUAUGCUCACAUGCUGUUUAAUGAAUUGUUUGAAGACUACUCCAAUGCUCUGAGACCAGUGGAAGACACAGAUAAAGUACUGAAUGUCACCCUUCAGAUCACAUUGUCUCAAAUUAAAGACAUGGAUGAAAGGAACCAAAUUUUGUCAGCUUACUUAUGGAUUCGACAGAGCUGGUAUGAUGCAUACCUCAGAUGGGACAAAGAUAAAUACGAUGGGCUGGAUUCCAUCAGGAUUCCAAGCAAUUUGGUUUGGAGACCAGAUAUUGUCCUAUAUAACAAGGCUGAUGAUGACUUUUCAGAACCAGUAAAUACUAAUGUAGUGCUGAGAUAUGACGGAAAAAUCACUUGGGAUACACCUGCUAUCACAAAGAGCUCUUGUGUAGUGGAUGUGUCUUAUUUUCCUUUCGACAGCCAGCAGUGCAACCUUACCUUUGGGUCCUGGACCUAUAACGGUAAUCAGGUAGACCUCAUCAAUUCUCUUGAUAGUGGUGACCUCUCUGACUUCAUAGAAGAUGUGGAAUGGGAGAUCCAUGGUAUGCCAGCAGUUAAGAAUGUCAUCACUUAUGGCUGCUGCUCUGAGCCUUAUCCAGAUGUGACCUUCACGCUGAUUUUGAAAAGGAAGUCCUCUUUCUAUAUAUUUAAUCUGUUGCUUCCUUGCAUUUUGAUCUCUUUCCUGGCCCCACUGGGAUUCUAUCUCCCUGCAGACUCUGGUGAGAAAGUGUCUCUGGGUGUUACAGUUCUUCUUGCUCUGACCGUGUUCCAGCUGAUGGUUGCAGAGAUCAUGCCCCCAUCUGAAAAUGUACCUUUGAUAGGGAAGUACUACAUAGCAACUAUGACCAUGAUCACAGCUUCCACUGCAUUGACAAUCAUUAUAAUGAAUCUCCAUCAUUGUGGCUCAGAAGCAAAGCCUGUUCCACAGUGGGCCAAGGUGGUUAUUUUGGACUAUAUGUCAAAAAUCUUUUUUGUUUAUGAUGUGGGUGAAAAUUGCACAAGUCCGAAAAGAGAGAAGGAAGAAGAAUGUAGGUUAGAGGGGGAUGAUGGGGGUCAGAGGAGGCACAAAGAGGUAAGGAGUCCUCUUUCCUCUAGGAAUGAUGACUGCAAUCUCAAGGAGAAGCUCAAUGGAAAUUGGAAUAAAAGCUAUGGAGUUCAUGGUGAAAAUGUUAAUUGCUGUUCUUGUUACAAAAUGCUGAUUAAAAAUAUUGAGUAUAUUGCUAAUUGUGUUAGAGACCAUAAAGCAAACCGGGCCAAAGGAAUUGAGUGGAAAAAAGUUGCAAAAGUGAUGGACAGGUUUUUCAUGUGGAUUUUCUUUAUCAUGGUGUUUUUUAUGAGUGUGCUGAUCAUUGGGAAAGCUGCUUAA